AUGAAAUUACGUAAAAGCCCGGGUGAGGAUGGUAUAACGGUUGAAGUAUGGAAAAAGAUCUUUCCUAUAAUAGGAGAUCAUUAUGUACAAAUGUUAAACGUAUCGUUUAAAUGCAAUGGUGGUAAAGAUGGUUUUCUUAGAGCCAUUCUAACAUUGCUAAAAAAAGAAGGUUCAUGUGAAGGUACUAUGAAAGGAUUUCGUCCAUUAUCAUUAAUGAACAUAGACUAUAAAAUUCUAUCCAAAGUUCUUAGUUUAAGGCUUCGGAGAGUUAUUUGUAAUUUAAUAGGAAGAGAUCAAACAUGUUCUGUUCCUGGUCG